ACCGGUGUCGGGCUGUUCGCCCCGCCCACUGGUGGUGAAAACUGGCCCAUUGGGCCAGGGGUGUAAAGGCGGGUGGCGAUUGGUUCUUCUGAGGUGUCCCUCAAUCUGCGGGGUAUCCGCCCCCUCGGGGAGAGGUCCAGUGGAGUGGCGUGGCAGCCCAGUGCUGUUGAGAGCAGAGUUUGAAGCCAACAAACAGGAGUUAUGUGCUGAUGUUAGCAGUGGCAAACGACUCAGGCUCAAUACACCAUGACGUCUGUUAAUGAGCAGGAAGCCAUCAGGAAGCUCAUGGUUUUCUUGCAGGAAUGGGAUAGUGCCCACAAAGUUGCUCGAAGCCAAAUCCUGGACAACUUCAUUAAAAGCAAUGACAAGAAGACAGAACCAGACCUGGAGCUGGAGUUCUCCCAGGGAGCCAGCUUGUUUCUGGCUCGCCUAACAGUGUGGCUCAGGAUGACCUACACAUACAGCACAUGCCUCAGCAAGCUGCUCAGGUCCAUUGGCAUCUUCCUAUCUGCUGCAGGCGGAUGCAGAUACCUUAUGGAAUUUCUGCAGAUGGGCGGUCUCUUGGUUCUCCUGGAAAUACUAGGGCUGAACCACCCGAGUGAAGAGGACAAAAGAGAGUCUGUAAAGCUGCUGCAGCUGAUAGCGGACCUUGGCAGGAUGUACAAGGAGCUCAUUUGCGAAAACUACGGAGUGCAAUCCCUUGCCAAGUUUUUAGCUACUUCCAACUCAGCAGAGGCUCAAAAAGAAGUGCAGGUUCUGCUGGACUGUUUGGGGCACGAGAAUCCCAAGUACCAGAACCAAGUCUGCAAAGGCCUCAUUGCUGUGUUGCCGUGUGCCUCCCCUGGAGCCCAGCAACUGGCUCUGCAGACACUUGGGAACAUGCAGGAUGUGGUGGGAGAGGCGCCCACAGUCCUUGUGGAGCCCGUGCUGGGAGUGCUGCGCUCGGUGCACCCGGAGGUCCAGUGUGCAGCCAUCCAGCUGCUGAAGACCCUCAUGGCCCACAAGAUCCGGACCGCCCUGCUAGAAGGCCUGGUUGCAUUGCUGACGCCACCCAGGCAGGAAGCAUUUGCCGGCUGCAUUGACACUGACAAAGACCCCACCUCUCUUUGCCCGAGGAAACCCGUGCUGGUGUAUAUUCAGCAGGCAGCUGCUGCAAAAGCCGUUGGUGAAUUAGCCAAGGAGUCAGCAGAAGUUGCUAAUGAGCUGAUCCAGCUGCGAGUGGUACAUGGCCUGAUGGUUGCUGCAGGAAACCUGGACCAUAUGGCCAGCCAGAGACAUGCCAGCAUCUCCCUGCAGUAUUUUGUCCACACAUUUCCCUUUGUGGAGGAGGGUGUGAAGAAGGCACUAGGACACACACUGUUCCAGCAGUUUAUGGACAGUGCUGAGACCUGGUACACAAAAAUAAAUCCAUUCCAGGCUAAGGAACUGGCCUGCAAUACAGUAGACAUCCCUGGAGACAUGACAAGGAUGCAGCCCACAGGUGAGCAGGAGUGACCUUCCACCAGAACUCGAAAAAGCAACUUCAAUCUAGAACCAAAUCUCAGAAUCUGUCAAGAUUCAGUGUUCCUGAAUGCUUACAACAAGAAUUAUCAUACAUCCUUUCAAAGAACGGAACACUUUCCAGGAAGAAACCAAGCAGCCUUUUGUGAGCUAAAGGAAAGCUACCAAGCCUGAAAUGUGCAAGUGUCAUCUUGUUAACACAGGACAAAAUUGUUAAUUUUCUUUUUACUUGUCACCUCACUGGAUCAGUACAGAGACACAUAAAGCAGGGGCUGGGAGGGACUCACUGCUCUCUCAGAGGGCUUCCAGGGUACAGCAACACCCCAGUGAAACAUGGGGCUCAGUCCCUGCAAAUGUACCUUGCCCUGCAGGUACCCAAGGUCAACCACAGCCCCCUCAAAACACUCCCACCAUCUGCUUAGUGACAUUUGAGUUCUCCAGGUCCUUCAGAUUUCACCCAAGGUCUCCCAGGUGCCACACACUUUUAGUUCAUAUCAGAAUCCAUCAAGAACAAGUCUUUUGUGCCGUUGCGGGGCCGUGUCAGGGAUACGCUCAGCACACCACUUACAGAUAUGACCCAAAGUACUACAAAAAGUAAAGGGUAUGGAGGUAACAAUUCAGGACAGGGUUAACUGCCUAUAAAAAACAGGGCAGUCUGUAGUCUGGCAUGGGAGACUCCCCUGAGGAGGAGACAGUCAUGCUUUAAUACAAUUUCUGUUAUGUCUGACAGAGAGAACACCUAGGUUCGUUUCAUAAGAGCUUUAAAAUAAUUUGCUCCUAAAAAACAACCUCCAAAUUGCCACUACAGACAAUGACAACAAGAGAACUUUUGGUCAGAAUAAAGGCAGCCAAAACACCUCCUGCAACAUAAAUAGAAUGCCCAGGUCAGAAAGGCCAUUACCUGUCAGCGUAUCUCAGUGUGUUUAAGGUGUACUCGCAUGAACUCAUGCCUGGAGAAAUCAUUGCUAUCUGCAAACAGAACAGAAGACCUCAGUGACUCCCACAUCUGACUUUUGCUCAUGUUAAUGGUCCUACAGAUCUCGCCAGGCAGCUGGGGCAAAGGAUCAGAGUUGAGACAUUCUGUCAAGUCUAUUUUUCUCUACAGCUUCUGUUGGACAGCCCAGUGGCCAUAUAUCCAGCUUUCCACUGACUUUAUGUACACCCACUAUGCUGCACCCUCCUCAGGAAGCAAAGUCCUUUGGGAGCACGCCAGGCUCUACUGCAGGUUCACUGUAUGAAAGUGACUUUUCCAGCCCUGCUCCUGCUGGGGCUGGGCAAAGAUCACAGGUUCUGACCUCUGUCACCAGGAGUGGGCAGAGGAGGAAAGCUGUAUAACUAUUUUGCAGAGAACUGAAGCUUUCUGACUUCAAAGUCCCCUCACUCUAGAGGAAGAACAUGCAGCUGUUUAGUCAAAUUGCAGAGCACAUAACCAGCAUGUGCUUGUGCCAUGUGUAUACUCACCAUACAGGUUCUUGAGUUUAUUCCUAUGAAUGAGUCUCUUAACACCUGGGUCAGCUUGCUCUCCCGGAAAGGGGUAUGGGAUUUGUUCUGCCCUAAAGCCCGAAUACAUUCCUGAGGAAAGACAAGUCCUGUGAAUGUAAUAUCUGCAUUUUUUCAUCAACCAGCAAUUGCUGGUAACUGCAGAGGCUAGAGAAUGGUAAUCUCUAUUGAUCUGCAAGUCUCAUAGCCUUUUAAAUAUACUCCAGUUAUUUUACUGUUACAGGACAGCUGCUAUAUCUGUCACAUGUAAAAACAAAAAAACAAAAAAACCAACCGGAAUGACACUUUAAAUGGCUGUACCAGUGCCUGGCCUCACAAGACAGCACUGCUUUCCUGGAAACAUUCUAAGUGGAUACAUACACGAUUUGCAGGGUUGUUAUCAUACUAAACUAGGAUCUGUUUGGCUGUUCUUUUUCCUUAUACUGGAAAUAAACAAAAGAGAUAACCCUGAAGUUGAACA